CACCCUCUUCCUCCUCCCCAUUUCCCACCGCACCCCAUCCCACCACCCCUCGUCUCCUUCCUCCUUCCCUCCCCCCUGUCCUGCCUGAGCCGGGCGCAAACCUAGCUUCUUGGAUCGCACACAGCUCGUUCUCCGUGGCGCCCGAUCCAUCGGGUUUCGUCUGCGACCAAGAAUUGUUGGCGAGCGCACUGGCAAUGGCGUCCACGUCGAGCUCGACGCCCGCGGCGGAGGAGGAGGAGAGGGGGCGGAAGCGGAAGCGCGCGCCCGGGGCGGAGCCUGCGGCAGCGACGCAGCCGUCCAAGUGGCGGAAGCGGCGCGAGCACGAGCUCUACUCGUCCAAGCUCAUCGAGGCGAUCCGCCUCGUGCGCGCGGGGCCGUCGGGGGCCGGCGCGGCGGGCCCGCCGCGCGGCAGGGCCGUGCGCGAGGCGGCUGACCGCGCGCUCGCCGUCGCGGCGCGCGGGCGCACGCACUGGAGCCGCGCCAUCCUCGCCUCACGCCGCCGCCGCCUCCAGGCCGCGCGCCGCGCGCGCCUUCGCGCCCCGGCAUCCCCGUCCUCGCGCCACGGCGCCGCCACCUCGGCCUCCACCUCCGCGCCUGGGCAGGGCUCGAGCACGCCGCCCCUGGCGAGGAAAGCGAAGGUGCUGGGCCGGCUGGUGCCCGGCUGCCGGAAGCUGCCGUUCUCGACGCUCCUCGAGGAGACAACCGACUACAUCGCGGCCCUGCAGAUGCAGAUCCGCGUCAUGACAGCGGUCGCCGAGGCGCUGUCCGCCAUCUCUGCCACCUCCUCCUCCUCCAACUCCGGCGCCGGCUCCUCCUCCUCGCCGGCGUGACCGAAGCUCCAAGAUUCGUGCAUUCGCUGUAAAUUUUCUCUCUCUUUUUUUCCUCCCACGAAUUUUUCCUCGGGAUUAGUUAACCUCUAGCUCUCCCUCUCUCUCCCCACCUAGUUUUCCUUGUCGUCUUGUUUCCCUCAUUUGGGCGAGCGGUUAGUGUGAUGGUGAAGAAGAUGAUGAUGGCGUCCCAGUGAUUAACCCGUGCUGUAAUGGGGGUAGAAGAAGCCGUAGGUCACAGUGGUUUUGUUUGUCUCCCCUCCUCCCCUUCUUCCACCUCAGGAUUCUUUUGUAGGUUGGUUUGUUGGUCUCUUCUCCGAUGAAUGCAUCUUGAAAUGUUCAUUCAGAUCACAUUGUGUGCGGUGUAAUGGUGCAUUCUUGCAUGUGCCUUCGGCAACAUCCUGUAGCGUAAUCCUCUGCUGUGCUAGUAAAUUCCGCAGUUCUUCA